AUGAGUCUUUUCACCAAGAGUACAGGAUGUGGAUUCCCAUUAAUCCAGGCCCCAAUGGCUGGUGUCUCAACUAUCAAGUUAGCAAGUGCAGUUACCAAUGCAGGUGGGAUAGGAUCUAUUCCUCUAGGAGCCAUUGAUUAUACGUCUUCCAAAGGGAUUGACCAAACGAAGUCACUUUUGAGCGAAUUUGAUUCAUUAACUGAGGGCUCCAGAUUAGUUAACCUUAAUUUUUUUGCACAUGAACCUCAAGUUGAACCUAAUCCGACUCAGUUGGAGAAUUGGCGAAAAUUAUAUGCCAAAUAUAAUCCAGAUGUGCAGGCCCCUUUAGCUAACAGCAAUAUAAGUAUAAAGGAAAUUGAACAGAAUCACCCCGAACAGUUUGGUAAAUUAUGGUGUGAGAUAGAAGCAUUUGGACCAAAGAUUGUCAGUUUCCAUUUCGGAUAUCCAAGUCUUAAAUCCAUAGAUCAAUUGAAGAAGUCUGGAAUUCUUGUGUUCGUUACUGCAACUAACAUCGAAGAAGCAACAGAGGUGAGUGAUUUUGCUGAUGGAAUUGUAUUACAAGGCUACGAGGCAGGUGGGCAUCGUGGAACAUGGCUUUCCACAGAGGCAAAAUUGGAUGAGGGACUCUCCACCAUGGUUUUGGUGCAACAGGCCCGCAAGAUUCUUGGAUCCAAAACACUUCUUAUUGCGUCUGGUGGGAUUAUCGAUAAAUCAGCAGUCAAAUUCUUUUUGGUUGACCUAGGUGCUGAUGCUGUUCAAUGUGGAACAGCAUUUAUUCUAACACAUGAAUGUGAAACAUCUCCCUCAAGCCAAUGGCUUUGGAAUAGUAUUACACUGAAAGAGAGUUUGGGUACUGUUAUGACAGAUUUAAUUCUGGGUAAAAGAGCGAGAGCAGUUAAAACUGAAUUUCUUUCUGAUUUGAUCCAUCGUCAUGAUAUUGCAAACACCUUACCAGAUUAUGGCUAUAGAUAUAAACUAUACAAAGAUUUUCUAGGAGCAAACGCAUCACUGAAAUCUGAAUAUGGCUUCUUUCUUGCAGGUCAAAACUACAAGUUAUUGACAGAAAGACUUUCAGCAAAGGAGAGAUUAGAAAGUCUCAUGAGACUUGAGUAA